CAAUGCCACCGCUGCCUGCCACGGUUAAUGCCAAAACAAAGAGGUACGAUUUGGAGAGCACAUUUCUUCAGUCGGCUGUUGCUUUUCAGUCUAUUUUGUUCCCCGGAUGACAGAGCUGGCAGGCCUGUUGUGCAAGGUGAAGUUGUCUACUUUCAGCCCCACCCAGAUACUUGCUUGUGUCCUCUGUGAUAUGCACCAGUCUAGCAAGCACGUACCCAAAAGAUUUUCAGCCCUUUUUCCUGUGGAAACUCUGACAAGUCCGGACUAUUUGGAGCCCAGAUCUACAAACGGUGCCAUUUUGUGUACAGUGACACACAGCCAGUCCUCAAAGGCUUGUCACACUGGACAUUACUCCCAUGGACCCUCAGGUGUGCCCACCCCCUCUUGUUAGCAAUCAGUCAUCGAUAUCAGUCACUGACAAAUCACCAGCCAGUGUCUAUAAACCUGGCCACUCUAGGAACAGCAGCACUGGCUCCUCCAAACAUUCCAAGCAGUCACGUAACUGGGAAGUGAUGGAGGACUUGCAUCAUCUGGAACAGAAUUCUGUUCCCAUAUCCUGUCAAGACCAAAGUAUUCCUGGGAUAUGCGAAGGAUAUUUGAUGAAGAGAAGGAAAUACCCACUAAAGGGCUGGCACAAGAGAUUCUUCGUGUUGGAAAAGGGAAUUUUGAAGUAUUCCAAGUCACAACAAGAUAUUCAAAGAGGAAAACUUCAUGGGUCGAUGGAUGUGAGUCUGGCUGUCAUGUCUGUUAAUAAAAAGUCGAAACGUAUAGACUUGGAUACUGGAGACAAUCUCUACCACCUGAUGGCCAAGAGUUAUGACUUGCUUUACAUUUGGUUGACCAAGCUGUGUGCCCAUCGUGUAUAUCGGAAAAACGAGGCUAUGAGCGUCCAACGUGGGGUUCUUCACGCAAUCUCUUCGAACCACAGUUCCCUGCCAGCUAUAAACAAUUUUGCACAGAAAAAAAGACCCUCGCUGCCUAUCUAUGCCAGCUCGGCAUCAUUGUACCAGAGAGAGAUUGGAAGCCCCUUUGUUGCCUCCCACCCAGGCGUGACCAACAAAGUUUCAGCCUGGCUGCAGCAGACGGAUGCCAUUGAUGCAACUUCUGUUGAGUUGACUGGUUGUCAGACAGAUUUGACAGAACUGGCCAAUCUCAUCCAGCGACUCCACUUGCUGGAAGGAGGCUUGCCAAUCUCAAACACAGAACUGGAGAUGCGCAUCAGCAUGCAGAAUCUUUCCUUGGAGAAACCCAAGAAGAAGACUAGCAAAAUGCAUGGUCACUCUAGGACCUUGUCUCGUGUGGAAGCUAUGGGAGGAGUUUUCACUUCCAACAGCCUGAGUACCAACUUUAGGUCUGUUCAAUCUAUCCCGGACUACGUCUACUCGCAGCUGUCUAAUCCUCAAGUCACUUCACCGGAGGCCAAGAAACUCCAACAAGACAUCUACAUAGUUUCACAGAGGGUCUUUACCUCUCUGAAGUCUGUUCAUGAAACUUUGACCAUGGAGAGAGAACGACUUCGACAGGCCUGGACUGGCCCAGAUCUGAGGCAAGACACCUCAGAACAGCUUGCGUCCCUGUGCAGCACACUCUCUGAGCUUGACAUACAGUCUCGUCUGACCAAUGUCCAUUCACUUUCCUCGGACUCUGAAGAAUCCUUCUGCACUGUUCAAGCAGACCAGAGGACUCCAUCUUUGAGUCGUAGUCAACGAGCACCCUCAGUGGCCGAUUCCAUGGCGGAGUAUUUUGAUGCGAGUGAAGUUAUCAUAUGCGAGACCUCCUCUGAAGCAGAGGGUUCAGAUGAGUCUGGUCUAAGUGACGUCACAACCACCACCACAAGCACAUCAGAGGCUGAAGAAGGACCCGCCAGUACCACCCUCAAAUACAGAGCCAGCCUUAGGAACGUAACUGAUAAGCCCACCCCGGUGUCUGACACAGGUCGUCGCACUUGCUUGCCUGCCCCGGGAACAGACAACAGUCAUAUUGGCAUCAUGACCAUCCUUUACAACAACAUUGGCAAAGAUCUUUCGAGGGUCUCUAUGCCCGUCGCUCUCAAUGAACCUCUUUCUUUGCUACAAAGAGUGUCAGAAGAGCUGGAGUACGCCGACCUGCUUGAUAUGGCUAAUCAUAUCGAUGAUCCGUAUGAGAGAAUGGUAUAUGUUGCAGCAUUCGCUAUCUCUGGUUAUGCGUGGGCAUCGUGGCGAUAUCGCUACAAACCGUUUAAUCCAGUUCUGGGAGAAACAUAUGAGAAUCACAGAGAAGACCGAGGCUUCCGUUACAUCAGCGAGCAGGUUAGUCAUCAUCCACCCAUAUCUGCGUGCCAUGCAGAGUCUUCAAACUUCACCUUCUGGCAAGAUCAAAGAUGGAAGAACAAAUUUUGGGGGAAGUCAGUUGAGAUUAUCUCAAGUGGACCUGUCAAUGUGACUUUACCGAGGUAUGGUGAUCACUAUGAAUGGAACAAGGCAGUUACCUGCAUUCACAACGUGUUGAGUCAGCAACGCUGGUUGGAGCACUAUGGUGAGGUGGUCAUCAGAAACAAAGUCAGCGAUAUCUGCACCUGCAAAAUAACUUUUGUCAAGUCUCGUUACUGGAGCUCUGAAAACAGUAAAAAUGAGGUCCAGGGUGUGGUUCUAGAUUCGGCUGGAGAGGUUGUCCAUCGUUUUGGAGGGUUCUGGCAUGAGGGCAUCUUCUGUGACACGCUGUCGACCCCAAAGUGCAUUUGGAAGCCAAAUGUGCAACCGGAUGAUCACUUCCAGUACUAUGGAUUCUCACGCUACGCCAGAGAGCUAAAUGAACUUACACCUGAACUGAAAACUGUCCUUCCGCCAACUGACACUCGCUUUAGACCAGACCAGAGGCUUUUAGAGGAGGGAAAGGUAGCUGAGGCGGAUAAAAAGAAGGAUAAGGUGGAGGAGAAACAGAGAGAGAGGAGGAAAGAGAUGGCCAAGCAAGGGAAAGAGCACAUCCCAAGGUUCUUCAGAAAAGAAGUUGAUGAGGCUGGCCAAGAGGUGUGGCUGUACAAUGGAACCUACUGGAAUCUCCGUAAAAAUCCAGGAUUUGCUCAAACUGAGAAUUUAGAGCUUUGGUAGAAUAACUUCAUUUAUCUCGGCUAUAAUAAAUGAAAGCUACUCACAAUGGUUUCACACCCAUCUUGAGCGUACAGAAAUAUUCUAUAAAUUGCUGCUAAAGUCAGGAUGAUCAGGCUUAGGAAGUAUGAAAGCAUACAAUGAACCUCUUUUUUUGUGGUUCUAUUUUUGUUAUUUUUGGACGACAGGGGUGAAGUGCCAUUUGCGGAACAAAUGACGACCGUUUUAAUGAAGUCUGAUGUUUUAACUCCCGCCUUGUUGCCUACCUCUAUCAGUAAUCAGUAGAGCACUGAAAUUCCCUCGAUUCAAAAGUUUACCUUUUAUACCACAAAAAAAAAAAAAAAAAAGAAUCGGUAAAUAUGUUCAUAUUUUCUGUAAAUUCUCAUUCUAAGAUAUUAUACCAAAACUAUUUAUAUUUCAUUGUAUAACAUAUUUUGCGAAAUCAAGUUGUAAAUGCCAUAAUUAUAUUUGUCAUUUUUAGGUGGUCUAGGUGUGUGGGGAAAUUUUAGACACGUACUAGGGCUGUUUUUUGCUUUGCCCCGCCCCUCCCGCUGGACUUGUUCCCAACUGACGUUCUUUUAACAUAGGCACAAAUGUCCAUGUGUAGCACCAUGAUUUUUCUGUUCACCCUCACUGCAAAGAUUAAUAUCCAUAAUGAUUUCUAAUAAAAAGUGUAAUAAUCAGUUGUUCUUGAUUUUAAUCAUUGAAAGAAUUUGUGCUCCAUUUGUGUUGGCCAUGGCCAGUUGUAGGCAGCCAUGUAUGAGCGUGCAGUCAGAAAUCUGUCGGGGGCAUCUUAUGUACCUAUCUUGCUCCACCCCCCCAGUGCUUAUAGACAAGUUUUUUGAGCGAAAUAUGGGCGGCGCCAUCUUGGAAAAUUUCUGCUUAGAACUUCCAGUUUAGAAAAAAAACCUCAUGAGUUGCGGUUGAAGUUAGCAGUGUGUUGACAAAGUUAAAACUACAAAAUCAAGCCAGAGGAACCCACAAAAUCUCCAAAAAUGGAUUCAGCACGACGUAGAUGAGACGUAGAUGAUUGCAUGAGUGUUCUCAUCACUUCGUUGAUCGUUCGUGGACAAAAUUAUAACAACUUGUCAGCCUGUGUUGACGUGAGGUAUAGACUGAUACGCCGGCCACUUGAGUGACAAAAAUGAGGUGAAAUUACAAAUAUUACAUUUGCCGAAUGCAGAAGGGCUGACACGGAUUUUGUUGUGACAAGGAAAUACUAAAAGGUAUGUAAAUAUAUAAACAAAAAUGUCAUUUUUUAUUGUAGAUAUUGAUCGCAAUAAAAAAUUUGGACAACAUGAUUCCAUUUCUUGUUUUAUUUAAAACAAUUGGUGCAUGUGCUAAACAGGUCAAUAAAUCACAAUUUAUGAAAUUAUUAGGAAAAAAAUGGCAUACUAGAAUGUAAUAUCAGACAGCAGAGCCUGAGAGCCUCGCAAACUUUGACCCGACAUUACGCAGACCCUCGGCGGCCUACAGAUGGGCUUUCUCCCACUGUCCUUGGUACUUCCAGCUCCAAUACCGUGUUUUAAAGUUGCUGCAGUUAAAAAGCUCCUAGCUGAAUCUGGGCUCGAGCUGACUGUCCGCCGCAAGGCGAGCCACCGUCUCUAGCCCCAGCCUCUCGGCCGCCUCCGGGUUAAAUGACGUAGUUUCGAUAUACAGUAUGUCCAUCAACAUACAGUAAGUGUUGCUGUGAGGCACGUCAACUUAUCUUCCCUUGCCUAACAGAGUUUUCCACCUUGUUACGUCCUACGGACUAAGGGUGUAACAUAUGGUGACCAAACGUCCUCUUUUGCCCAGACAAGUCCUCCUAUCACGUGCUCUCCGGAGCGUCAGGCAGGGGUUCAUAAAUUCAUGAAAAUGUCCGUUUUUUAUGAUUUUUCACGGGACCAAUUUGAAGAGAAUCCCUCAGGCCGUUAGGAGGCGGCGCCUGCUUGCGUUGGCGUGGCUCCUGCUAGUAGGGGCAGGAGAAGGAGUAGAUCUUCUUGUUUUUUUGUUGGCAGUUUACCCUUUGUUUCAUGGGGAAUUACCACCAUCUACUGACGGUUGACGGUUUGUCGAAAGAUCAGACUACAGUAAGGAGUUCAAUAAUGAGUUCUAAGACGUGGCUCCAUACACCUUUGUUUAUCUCCUGUUAAUAUCGAUCAUGUGUCUUCACAGAGAUUCAGUGUAUUGUAUGAGUCUUGUAAUUGUCCUGCGUUCGUUUAUUUAUUUGAAUGAUGGUAUUCUGAGUAGCUGUGUUAUGAGUUUUUAUUUUUACGAUAAAUACAUCUAUAAUGGCAACUGAUGACUUCUGUCGGAGAUUUGUACUGGCGUAAUCUUUAAAAUCCCUUUUGGUGUCGCAUCGUUGCGCUGCCGAUGAUUGUAAACUUUUUAUUCAUAGCAAAGUUUGAUUUUGCCUCGGCUCCCGGUAAUCACUAAUAGGGUAGUUAUCAGUGAGCUCAGCCGUGCUAGGCA